AUGAGCACAGCACAAUCAGCGGAACAAGCUGCUCAACUUGCAUAUCAACAGGCAUAUCAAUUAUAUCAGCAACAAGCAGCAGCUCAACUACAACAACAAGUUGGAUCCAAUCAGAAAUAUAAAAGCACUCUUUGCAACAUUUGGCUCAUGGAAGGAGUUUGUCCUCGUGGUAGGCUAUGUCAUUAUGCUCAUGGUAUCAGAGAAUUAAAUUAUAGACCAGAAGAUCAUCAAAACAAAUUUUUUAAGACGGCCAUCUGUCAAUUUUGGCAACAAAAAGGAGUUUGUAAUAAUGGAGAUCAAUGCAAAUGGGCACAUGGAGAUCAGGAGCUUCGUCGAUCAGAAAAUGGCUUGGGGAUGGUGAGAAGUCUGUCAUCCGAUGAGCAAACGUCGAGUGUGAUGAUUGGACCUCAAUUAGAAGGACCCUUACCAAAAAGGGAAAUAAUAGAGGAUCAAUGCAUUAGUAACGAUUUAUCAAACGACAGAAAACGUAAUUGGCAGGAAGCUGGUCUAGAAAUUACUGAUAGAUAA